AUGGUGAUUGACGGCUACUGGAAUCGGAUCACACCAGAUCAGCGGGACAACAACGCUACGAUACAACAACCUUUGCGGGACAUCAACCCUGUGGGACAUAAAAUUUGCGCGUCGACGGGUCCUAGUCUAGAACACUUGAAGCUGUGCAAACUGCUAGCGAGAUUCAGCGUUUUUCUUUCACACACCCGCAACAAUUCUUCAAGUUUUUCAAUGGCCGAAUUCACCGACACCGUCCGGACCAGCACUCCAGUGCCAACAGUGGAGCAGUACAAUUGCGUCGCUUGCAAUAAACCGGAUUCCAUGUGUGACAUGGUGCAGUGCGACACCUGCGAUCAGUGGUGGCACCAACUCUGUGCCGGCGUGACGAGUUCUAUUGAGAAGGUCCCCUGGAGCUGUCGGAACUGCAUUCCGGAUGGUAGCGUGCAUUCUGUUACAUCUCGCGCGCGCCAGACCGCUCUCCAGUUGCAGCAGCUCGAUGCACAGCGCGCACUGGAACGCCAGGCUAGUAAAGCGAAGCUUCAGGCGGAACUGGACGAUAUUGCUGCGGAACAGCAAUAUGUUCAAGACAGAUUCAAUCUGCUCCAGGAAGACAACGGUCAAGAAGAAGAACAAGAAAGCAUUAGGAGCCAAGGCAGUCGCAGGGGCAACCGCCUGCGAGUGGAAAACUGGCUCAACAAAACGCAAACUCCAAGUGGUCAGCCGCAGCCGCCGAUGAGCAGCGCGAUCACCGAGCAACAACCGAGGGAAGUCCUCACGAGGAUCCAGCAGCAAGGUCGAAGCACUGGCGCGUAUCCGAAAAACAGCGCAGGAAGAAAUCCAUCCGCAUUUCUCAACCAAAAUGUCAAACCUUGGCCAGAUAACCAGGAAUGGAAUUCCUGGUCCGUCAUGGGUGUUCAUCAGUGGGAAUCCGUCCUGCUACAAAAAGGCCGUUUACAAAUGGAGGGUCCCAAAACCAAAUCGUUUGGUAUUCAACAACAUUCAACAGGAAGUGCCAACGUAGGUGCUAGGUCGAGUCAGGAGCACCUUGGUCUUGAAUAUCAGCCGUCGAACCAGCCAAAUCCGGCCAGCCGGGCAGCAAAAUCCAGACCAACUUUCCCAUCACUAGUUCCGUUGGCCCCACCUCUUGCCGCACCAAUUCAGCUUGCCUCCCAGGUCGAUGCGGGGAUUACCACCGGUACCUCAGGACAAAUUCCAACUUUUACGAGAUCCGGUUGUCAUUCAGCCCCUCGGAUCACACCAGCAGCUAAUCCCUCGGAUCAAUUCGAGCCGGAAACGCCGAGAAGAAACCCGUCGCAUCCGUCGACGAAUCCAGGGGCACCGACCGACUUCGGGCAUCGUGUGCCAAAUCAGUCCAGCCAUCAACAACGUUUCGCCCAGCAACCGUGGCAGCCGAUCAACAACAGACAACAGCCAGCAACAAGUACGGUACCACUUCCACCCUUCAGGAACCACAUCAACGAACAAGGUAAGACUGCUCCAAUGUAUGCCCCAAAUGAAAAUGAAAUGCCUGCCCCUGAAUAUGACCCCCUCGAGCCUUUAAUGAACCAAUUAGGCCUUGAGCCAAAUGAACGCCCACAAUACACCCCAUUUAUAAAUACCUACCAACCAUCUCAAUCACAACUUGCGGCACGACAAUUAAUGGCCCGUGAUCUCCCCAUCUUCGAUGGCAAUCCCUCUGAUUGGCCAAUAUUUGUGAGUACUUUCACCAACACCACCCUCGCCUGCGGUUCUUCUCCCGUGGAAAAUUUAAACCGUCUACAACGCUCCUUGAAAGGUGCUGCCUUAGCAGCCGUUCGCAGCAAGCUCAUGCUCCCUGAUGCUGUUCCGCUCAUCAUGAAGACUCUUCGCGCUUUCUACGGCCGUCCCGAAUCGCUUAUCAAUUCCCUCUUGGAAAAGAUCCGCGUCUUACCAGCUCCAAAGCCCGAGAACCUGGGGUCACUGGCCGACUUUGGAAUGGAGGUGCAGAAUCUUUGUGACCACAUUGAAGCAGCGAAUCAACAAGCACAUAUGAACAAUCCCUCUCUCUUAUCGGAACUUGUUGAAAAAUUACCGGCGUUUGCUGCAUAUCAGUGGGCAGUCUACAGCAGUGGUUUGGCGAGUGUCAGUCUACGAGAAUUUGGUGAUUUCAUGUCGGAUUUGGUCAAGCAUGUCGGUAAGGUGACAAAGUAUCGUGGGGCGUUAGUGAAGGAAGACAAGCCUAGGGCCAAGCGUGGCGCUCUUCACACACAUUCAGAAACACCAACUACAUCGAAGGAGGUCGCUGUUCCGAAAAAGUGUUCGCUUUGUACUCAGAAUCAUCCUCUCAAAGAUUGUCCGAAAUUUAAGUCAUUGGAUGUCGAUGGUCGUUGGCAUACGGUACAAAGGGAAGGUAUUUGUCGCAAUUGUUUAAACUACCAUGGUCGAAGGUCGUGUCGCAGCAACAGUCGGUGUGGAAUCGAAGGCUGCACAACUCGUCAUCAUCCUCUGCUCCAUUCAAAUCGCUCCUUCCAAAACAAGUCAUCCGCAUCAACAUCCAAUAAUCGAUCAAAUCCUACUCCAUCAGCUCCGGUGCAGAAAGCACCAGUAUCCGGUGAAUGUCUAACACAUCGUAGCCCAGAACACAAGUUCCUCUUCCGUAUACUUCCGCUAACAGUUCAUGGUGCAGGAAAGUCAAUUGAUACACAUGCCUUUGUUGAUGAAGGAUCCUCUCUCACACUUGUUGAGCAAUCUCUUGUUAAAGAAUUAGGUGCGAAAGGAACUCCACGAGUUUUAUGUUUGACAUGGACAGGCAAAAUAUCUCGAACUGAUAGAGAAUCGGAAGUUUUAGACUUGACUAUCUCCGGCCAGAACAACAUGAAAGUUUGUUUGAAAGAUUCACGUACUGUCAAGAACUUAUCCCUGAGCAAGCAAUCUCUCGAUUUUUCGCAUCUUUCCGAACAAUUUCCGCACCUGAAAGGGCUUCCUGUCGCUUCGUAUACCAAUAUAACUCCUCGUUUGCUCAUUGGUUUGAACAAUCUCAACUUAACUGUCCCAUUGCGCAUUAAAGAAGGCCAGCCAGGAGCGCCUACAGCAGCAAAAACAAGGCUUGGUUGGUGCUUGUAUGGCGGAGUAGCGGAGAAUAGCUCAUUAUCCAUGGUCAACUACCACACCUGUUCAUGUACGGCCGACAAUUCUUUGCACGAUCUAGUUCGGGAUUAUUUCAGAAGAGAGGACGUAGGUGUAUCACCUGCGAUACAGAUAGAGUCAGAUGCUGACACAAGAGCACGGCGUAUUCUGCAGACAACUACGUCACGAUGUGGUGAUCGAUUUCAAACGGGUCUACUCUGGCGAUUCGACGAAUUUGAACUUCCGGACAGUCGCCCGAUGGCAUACAAACGCUGGGAAUGCUUGCAACGUAGAAUGAACCGUCAGCCUCAGUUGCGACUCAAUCUUGAACUGCAAAUAAAGAGCUACAUCGAAAAGGGCUAUGCCCACCGUGCAACUGAAGAGGAGCUGAUCAAUGCCGACCCGAGACGCACUUGGUUUCUUCCGCUUGGAGCGGUCAUUAAUCCCAAAAAGCCGGAGAAGGUGCGCAUGAUAUGGGACGCUUCCGCCACAGUAGACGGAAUUUCCCUGAACACAAUGCUAUUGAAAGGCCCUGACGAACUCAAUCCUCUACCUUGGGUCCUGUUUCGUUUCCGGCAAUUUCCCGUGGCCAUUUCAGCGGAUAUUGCGGAAAUGUUCCACCAGAUUAGAAUUAUCGAAAAAGACAGGCAAGCUCAGCGCUUCCUCUGGAACCCUGAUCCACAAUGUCAACCAGAAGUUUAUACCAUGAACGUAGCUACCUUCGGUUCCACCUGUUCUCCCGCAUCUGCGCACUACGUUAUGACUCUGAACGCCAAGCAAAACGAAAAACAAUAUCCCAGGGCAGUAGAGGGAAUAGUAAAAAGAACCUACGUUGAUGAUUACGCAGAUAGUUUUGAGAACGAAGAAGAAGCGUCACGAAUAGCGGGUGAAGUCAAAUUGAUUCAUGCCAAGGGCGGAUUCAACAUAAGAGGCUGGAUGUCUAACAGUUCUAAGGUCCUCGAAAGCCUCGGAGAAGCCGAAACCUCACAGCCGAAAUCGCUAAACUUGGAGAACCCAAGGGGUUAUGAACGCAUCUUAGGUAUGCACUGGACGUCGAAAGAAGAUAGCCUGGGGUUCUCGACCAUUCUACCUCCAGAUAUCAACGAACUGCUAGCCACCGGUAACCGUCCGACAAAACGACAACUGCUACGAUGCCUUAUGAGCUUCUUUGAUCCUCUCGGGCUCCUCGCAGCUAUCAUUCUCCAUGGGAAGAUUCUCCUCCAAGAUGUCUGGAGAGCAGGAACGCAAUGGGAUGAGCCAAUAGACAACAAUGCCUUCGAAAAAUGGUUACGGUGGACGAAAUGUUUCCCGAAGAUUGCCGAAAUUUCCAUUCCUCGCUGUUACUUCCAAGAAGCAUCCCGGGAACUUUAUCAAGACCUUGAACUCCAUAUUUUCGUUGACGCAAGCGAAGAAGCUUACGCCGCUGUAGCGUAUUUUCGCGUCUCCACUCCCGAAGGAUUUAUCUGCUCUCUAGUAUCCGCUAAAACCAAGGUAGCCCCUUUAAAACACUGGUCCAUACCUCGUCUUGAGUUGCAAGCAGCCGUGAUAGGAGUUCGAUUGAGGAAAUUCAUCGUAGACGGACAUUCACUGAACAUUCGACGCACCGUUUUCUGGUCUGACUCAAGCACUGUCCUCGCAUGGAUUCGUUCGGACCACCGACGUUACACCCAGUUUGUUGCGUGUCGUGUAGGCGAAAUACUCUCGAACAGUGAAAUCUCCGAAUGGCGUUGGGUCCCUUCGAAACUCAACAUUGCAGAUCAUGCUACGAAGUGGUUCCACGAGCUUGAGAUCCAACAAGAUUCCGCUUGGUUUAGCGGGCCCGAAUUCCUGAAAGAGUCCGAAAAAAACUGGCCGCAACCUAGAUCGUCUACGACUACCACUGAAGAACUCAAGGUACCCUGUCUCGUCCAUCAACCUCAUGAAACUCAAACAACUGUCGAUUUCACCAGAUUUUCUAAAUGGGAAAGAGUCUUAAGAACCACUGCCUAUGUGAACCGGUACAUUGCCCUCAAGACAAACCGAGUGAAAAGUUUUCCAGAACAUCUUGGUCAACAGGAACUCCGUGAUGCCGAAAAUUCACUGUUUGGGAAUGCCCAAUGGUGUUCAUAUCCUGCCGAAAUGAGCGUUGCGGUUCACAAUCGAGGAAAAUCGACAGAACAACGAAAUAAUCUACCGAAACAAAGCAUUCUUCGUCAAAUGUCACCGUACUUGGAUGAAAACGGCGUUCUUCGCGUCGACAGCCGUAUCGGUGCUGCAAAACGUGUGUCAACGUGCACCAAGUAUCCAGUGAUUCUUCCUCAAUACCAUCGACUAACCGACCUGAUCAUAGAUUUCUACCAUCGAAAAUACAUCCACUGCAACUUCGAAACCGUCGUCAAUGAGUUGCGCCAGCGAUUCUACAUUCCCCGUAUUCGACAAACAGUGAAGCGUGUCCUUCGACAAUGCCAGUGGUGCAAAAUCUAUAAAUCCAAACCCCAGGUUCCUCGGAUGGCACCUUUACCGGAAGCAAGACUUGCCGCAUAUACUCGUCCCUUCAGUUACACCGGGCUGGACUUAUUUGGACCAAUACUAGUGAAGUCUGGGAGACAAGCGCUGAAAAGAUGGGUCGCCCUCUUCACGUGCUUGACCAUCAGAGCUGUGCACGUAGAGGUCGUUUACAGUUUGAGCACCGAGUCAUGCAUUAUGAGCAUUCGUCGUUUCAUCGGAAGGCGAGGAGCUCCAAUCGAGAUCCAUUCAGACAAUGGGACAAAUUUCCGGGGCGCUGACAAUAUCCUGCAACAACAAGUCCGGCAGUUCCACGAAAACAUGGCAGUCACGUUCACCAACGUGGAUACGAAAUGGGUAUUCAUUCCACCAGGCACUCCUCACAUGGGCGGUUCGUGGGAGCGCCUGGUACGCUCUGUGAAAACAGCGCUAGAGGGGAGCAUGAUUCCGGGAAGAAAGUUGAACGACGAGGCCUUCUACACACUGCUGGUAGACGCUGAAGGAAUCGUCAACAGUCGACCGUUGACCUACUUACCUAUCGAGUCAGAAGAAGCAGAAGCACUAACACCCAACCAUUUUUUGUUGGGAAGCAGCAAUGGUGUCAAACAACCGGAGUCUGGGCCGAUCAGCGAGGCAAAUGGGUUGAGAAACGCGUGGAGCCAGAUAAAUCUACAACUGGAUCGUUUUUGGAGUCGCUGGGUGCGCGAAUACCUCCCGACCAUGACGCAACGGUCAAAGUGGUUCGGUGAGACGAAACCGGUUCGCUUGGGAGACUUGGUUGUUGUGGUAAAUGAAGCAAGAAGAAAUGGCUGGGCUCGAGGGCGGGUGUUGGAACUGGUUCCUGGGUCAGAUGGGCGCAUUAGAAGGGCAGUCGUGCAGACAAAUAAGGGAAUCACUCGUCAAUCUGUGUCCAAGCUAGCGGUCUUAGAGGUCGCACAAGGAGGAAACCCUGGAUCUAACACUCCAGAUACCAGUGUUACGGGAGGGGGGAUGUUGGAAACUGGCAUCCCUGCCUAA